AAAAUAUGUGAUCCUAUCCUAUUCUUCUUCUCUGUUGAUCACAAUCGCCAUCUCACCUUCCUUUUGGUUGACUCGCAAAAACCCAAAUUCUAAUCAGCUUGAAAUGCUUCUAACUCAAUCUCUCAACCCUCAUCUCCCACUUACCCAUCUCACUUCCCCAAAACCCAAGCUCCAAUUCCCCCACUUCACCACAAAAUCCUCACUCGCCACCGUUUCCAACCCCGCCCAUGUCGUUUCCACCAACGACAGGCCGUUUCCGGCCGAGGUUUCAAGAACCAUCAUGGCUCUCUCUUCAGUCGCCACUCUCUCCACUCUAACCUCUGAUAAUUGGCCUCUCGGUGUCGGCGUCCGCUUUGCCGUGGACGACGAUGAUGGCACUCCUAUUUUGUGUUUGAAUCAGUCUCAUGAUGUUGAUACUAAGUCUAGCCUUCACGUUCAGUUGGAGCAGUGUGGAGUACGGACUCCUCAAUGUACUAUUCAAGGUAGCUUACGGAAGCCGGAGGAUAUGAAGAUUUUGAAGAGGCAUCAAUCAAUGUGGAAAAAGAGGUUUGGGGAAGAUGUGGAUGAUGAUCUCGUACAUAUUAUUGCAGUAGAGAGGGUUCUUCAAAUGGAAGACUUCAUGGAGGACGGUGUAUGGGUUGAUUCAUCAAAUUACAGAAAUGCAAACGCUGAUGCGCUUAGAGAUUCUGCAGAAGCAAUUGUUAGUGAGAUAAAUGCCAAGAACAGUGAAGAUGUUUACCGCUUUUGCAACAUAUAUGUCGAUUUGGAUUUCCAGGUAUCAGGAGCAAAGAUGAUAUGGGUUGAUAGGCUAGGUUUCGACCUGCGUCUAUCGUCACCGGAGAAAGGCAUUUUUGAUGUCCGGAUUCCUUUCCCGAGAGAAGUGACUGAUGUAAAAAGCGCAAAGUCUGCAUUUAAUUGUAUGUCACAACUUGCAUGGGAAGUGGAAAAAAAUUACGUAGUGCCUGAUUUUAACAAGGUGAAACAUUUGAAGCCGGUAACAUACAGAGGACUCUAAAUUUUUUUUAAUCAUUUUUGUGAUGUAAUGUUAGGACCCCAUAUCAGUUUAAGUGUUUUAAGAUCAUAGUCUUGUUUGUAAUGGUGUAAUAUUCAAUUUAAGCAUAGCAUAACAAGCUGCUUUUUUUUAUUUUAUCUUAGUAAAAGAAAAACACCUCAACAUCAUUUUUCACUUGGCAAAAUGCGCAUUUGGAUUUAUACUAUCACACUUUUCUGUAUUGGGUCUUUUCGCUACAAUUUGUAUAUAUUGAGUUUUUAUAUUUUUAAUUUUAUAGA